CGUCCUUGGAGAGAAGGGGCUAGAGAAGGGGAAACUAUUAAUUAUUUUUAUUUUGAUCAGGGUUUUUAUUCAGAUAAACUAUUUUAAAAUGAGAUCAGGGCUCUGAUUUAGUUCAAUCCUCUCACCCUGCUGUGCUGGCGCACCUGUGGCAGGUCCAGGCAGUCCAAAACAAGCUGCAUGUGAGAGCGAGAGGCCCUCUGCUGGGAGAAGUAAAGUAAUGGCAGCUGAACUUUGAAUUCCAUUUGGAAACUGACUUUUAUGGACUUGCCUGAUCCUUAGUGUUAAUUGAGGGGAGUCCAAUGAACUGCUUGGGGAAAGUGGGAGGUUCUCCCUAGCACUGCUCACCCACCACCCUCCUGGCAGACCCAAGGUGCAACAGUGAGGGGUUCAAACCUCUCUCUGCCAGAGACUAGCACUGUGAAGUGAGGCUGUGUGAGGAAGGUCCUGAGGGCUGUAAGUGGGGCCUGGAAGACACAGGUACAGAGGUGAGAGGCUCUCCCCUCUCUGCAGAGUAUGUUCCAGCUCCUCUCCCACUGCUGGUCGCGGCUGCAGGCAAUACAGGAACCAAUCAGGAAAGUGACCCUCCUUGUCAUGGGCCUGGACAAUACAGGGAAAACCUCCCUCAUAACGGAGAUACAGAGAGUGCUCUCAUGUGAGGUGCUCCCCACAACAAAGCCUAACCAGACAGAACUCAGAAUGGACCGGUUUGAAGUCUCCCUUGUCGACCUAUCCGGGGGGCAGAGGUCGCGGGGCACAUGGCAUAAUCGCUACGGUGAUGCUCACGGGAUUAUCUUUGUUCUGGACUCCAGCGACGUGCUGCGGAUGGAAGAGGCCAAGAGAACCUUGGGCCGUCUUCUGGCUCACCCUAGGAUUUCAGGGAAGCCCCUGUUACUGCUGGCCAAUAAACAGGACAAGGUUGAUGCCCUCCUCCCAUGUGAGCUGAUCGAAUGCCUGUCCCUGGAGAAGCUUGUGAAUGAAAACAAGUCACUGUGCCGCAUCGAGCCAUCUUCAGCAACCAAAAGUCUCCAUAAAAGCCAGUCCCGGACCAUCCUGCAGGGACUCCGCUGGCUCCUGCACACCAUUGCCAUCAACUACAGUGUCCUGAGUGCCCGGGUGCAACAAGACAGCCUUGACCAGACAGCUCCCCGAGAGCAAGAGGCUCCCAGGAGAGCAGCGCGGGCCCACAGCCAGACACGGGGGGAGAGGGUGUUGCUGGCCAGAAGGGACAGUUCCCAAGAAGGAAGUGCCAAGAUAGGGGAGUACAAACCACUACAGCCCAUCCAGAACAUCCUCUCACAGGAGGAAGGCCCAAAGGUACCCAAGAGAAAGAGAAAGAAAGGGAAGGUGAAGAAGAAGGGGUUGGUGCAGUGUGGGAGCAUGGCUGAUGAAGAGGAAGGGAAAGCUUGGGGAGGAGAGAACAGAGCAAGUGCUGCAGUUGGGCUCCUCCACAGCAACAGAGUUGGCCAGGAGAAACCACUCCCCAAGGGGACAACUCCUCUCCCAGCAGGGCAGAGCACGAAGAAGAAAAAGAAGAAAAUUAAAAAUAAAAUCAAGUCCCAGGAGUCCUCACUGGAGCCACAGAACGAAGGAAUCUCGGGUACCUUUGACUUGUAUCGAAGGGCAAUGCUGGCUCUGAAAAUGAGGCAAGAGUGGAGGAAGCAGCCUUCUGCUAUCACUCCCUGAAGAAAAGCUCCAUAUUGUUGACCGCAUAAAUGUGGUCUCCACCAGGCAUGAGAAGUUGAUGGCAGAUUGUUCUGUGCUGUUAUUGCUGUUGGUGUGAAGUUCUAUGUUCCCCUCUACCAGUGCAAUGUAUCUGUGCUCCCACUCAGAACCUCCCAAGUCCCAAAGGGUAAGUGUCCACGAGCAUGUGCAGUCAGUAUCAGCUCAGGCAGUGAGACUGUCUAACCUAAUGGAAACUCUGCUUGAGAGAUAAGAUUCUCAGGGCUUGUGGAGUCUCAAGCAGCGAGUCUUCAAACUGUAAAGACCAAUAUCCUCCUCCUAGGGACUGUGGGAAUGUCUGGGAUUCACACGUGGAAGCUGAAGUGUCACACGUGUAAAGAGUUCUGCCAGCAACCUGGAUGCAAACAUCUGAAUAAAAGGAAAUGGAACAUUUCUA